AUGGAGAAAGAUUGGUGGUUUUGGUGGAAGUCCAGAACUCCAAAUAAGAUAUUGUGGGCUGUCAAAGCUGAAUCUUAUGAAACAAAGGAAGAUCCAAACUACACCAAAAACUGCUUUUUGAAAACCACUUUGUGUCGGGGAGGUAGGAGGAAAACAGCCGCGGUUUUCUCACACCACCAUCCAUUCAUUCACAUAACUUCUUGUCCCUGUGCUCCUCGUGCUUUCUUCAGAGAAAAUGACAUUGGUGACUAG